AGUUGCGCCUACUGGGGUGCGGAGGGGCCAAACUAAGCUGGGGCUCGAGAGGCUGUGUUUGUUUUUGUUUCUCUUUCCCCUCCCCAUCUGUGGUGUUUAGUGAGUGUUUCGGUGACAGUGGCUAGGCAAAAGCCCCUGGCUGUAGGCGCUGGCGGAGGUCCUGUGGAAUCAGAAACUUGAGGAAGGGCGGCAACAUCUUUUGAAUCCAUUGAUCUCUGCAGGAACUUGCAGCAAGAAUCUGUAACUGGAUCCAUAGUUCUGUUAAAUGGCUGGCUGUGGGGAUAUCGACCAUGCAUCAAACAUGAUUCCAGGAGGAAGGAAGUUAAAUGAGUCUUGCUCAAACAUAGCACCUUCUCUGACUGUACCGGAGUGUGCUAUCUGUCUUCAGACUUGUGUUCAUCCUGUUAAAUUGCCAUGCAAACAUAUCUUCUGUUUCUUGUGCGUGAAAGGAGCAUCUUGGCAAAGCAGACGGUGUGCACUGUGUCGUCAGGAAAUUCCUGAGGAGUUUCUCGACAAGCCAGCUUUGCUGUCCCCCGAAGAGCUCAAAGCAGCAAGCCGAGGAAAUGGGGAGUAUGCUUGGUACUAUGAAGGCACAAACGGCUGGUGGCAAUACGAUGAACGCACAAGUAUAGAGCUGGAAGAUGCUCAUUUGAAAGGCAAAAAGACAAUUGAAAUGCUCAUAGCUGGCUAUUUGUACGUUGCAGACCUGGAGAACAUGAUUCAGUUUAGACGUAAUGAGCAUGGUCGCCGCAGAAAGAUGAAACGUGACAUAGCAGAUAUUCCCAAAAAGGGAGUGGCAGGUCUUCGUUUAGACUGUGAUUCUAGUGGAUUAACCUCAGAAAGAGAGAAUUCAGCAGAUGGAGCAGUUAGCAUUGCUGGUGCUGGAUCUGUAUCAAUACAGCCUUCUGUUUCCAUCAUGAGGCCCACAGUUAGACCAGCAACUUCAUUAGUUGAUCAGCCAGUAAGCCCAAUAACUCCUUCACCAGAUGCAGAUGUAUUGCUUGUGAACUCGCUUGCGCAGUUGCAAAUAAGUGGCCAAAACCUGACCAGGAGUCAUAGAGGAGAAGGAGAAGAGCAAUAUGUAGCUUCUGUAAGUAGAGUUUCAGCUGCACAGCAUGCAGCUAGAAUGUCUUAUGAUAACACUGAGUCUGCAACAAGUUCUGAUACAGAGGAUGAUAACACCAGUCAGCAUCACGAGUCUCCAACCUCCAACCACAGCAGGCAAAGACUCACUUCUCUGAACACUGAGAUACCAGGAGAGGAGCCGUCUCCAGCAGAAGGGCCUAGCAGCAGCAUCCGAGGCAGGGAGCAGCAACCUGAUGGGCAAUGCACUGUAACAGAGGUCUAGAUCUGACAGUUCUCACUUCUAAAAGGAACAAAUGUUAACACUUGCGAGACUAAGGGCAAUUGAGGAAUGUAGAAUUUCUCAACCAGAAUUGCACUCAAUUAAAGCUAAAACUAACUUUUAAUUGCUUUACUUCAUUUUGGCGCCAUUGCAAUUUGUAGGUUUCUAACGUAGGAAUUGCACGAUAUUUAUUGUGGUAGCAUUAACUUUAUUUUCAUUGCUUUAAAAUAUCUUAGUGCUAAAUUUCAGAAUGACUCACUCUUUGUGCAUGAUAUAAAAUGUGAAAUCUGAACUUGCAAGCACCAGUUGUGCUGAAGGCUUUUCAUUCUCUUUGGUAUUGUAGCGAUACCUCUUGUGACUUUUUUUAAAAACUACAUCUAUGUAGAAUUAUCUGGUUCUGUCAGGCAAGUGUGUGAAUAGAUCUUUUGUUUUGCAUAGCCAAAUUAAGAAUCAUUGUUUUCCUUUUCUCCCUUUUUAUUAAUUUGGUGAGAAAGUACAUCACCCUAUCGUAUUGUUGUAAUUGAGGCUGAUAAUAGCUGUACAAGUAACAUUGCCUACAUAGUUGACAUUCAGUGAAGUGUUAGACUAGGAGAAACAAUUAGUUGACUUCAAACUUACAUUAUUCUGACUAUAGCAAUGGUCGAAAUAAAGCUUAAACUUUUUGUUAAAAGUUGUCGUCACAUUGGUUCUCUGCAUUGCAAACCAAUUUUGUACAAAAAACAAAGUUCUGACAGCGAGUUUAGCAACAAUAUUAGCAAUAAUAAUAUGACCUCUGUUCAACAGACAAAGGUCAUUUAGCUUGGUGUCAGCUUUUCCCUUGAAACUACCCUUGAGCAAAGAUCAAUUUUUGCCGUUUUUGCCAUUUGUGACUGCUCGCACUUCCCAAUUUUUGUUACAAAGCUUUAAAAUGGUUAAAUAGUCAUUGUUCUACUUAAAAUGCAAAUUUAGUAUGCAAAUACUAAAACUUUAGCCCAAAGACACAAGUUUUUCUUUUGCAAAUGAUAUAUUCUCCAUCCUGCAGUCUGACGUAAAUUGAUAAUUUGAUAUAUUUUCGAUUUUGCUUUGAAAGUGUAACAAUGAAUGUCGUGAAUGAUUCCAUAUUCAUGUCGAUCUGUAAUAGUCCUCAAGAGAUACCUCCUUAAAGAAGCAGCAAUGCUGAGUUGUUAGUAAGGUAUUCUUUAUUUAUUAAAAUUACUUUCCACUGGAGCUUCCCAUGGUGCAAUUGGUGAAUGUUGGGGGUGUGGUGAGGAGAUGCGAAACAGUGCUUUUAGCCACACCAGCAUAACACUGUCUUCAAGUAGAACAAAAAAUUGUCAUACCAAGUCUUUCUGUAUAUACCAUGAGUGCAACUAACUUAACCUUUAGACUAGUAAUGCACCACAAACUGGGGAUUUAGAUUCAAUUAAUUAAGUAAACCAGCAGGAAAAGACUACCAAUGAUAAUUUAUCAAGAAGCUGUUGUAAGAAGGGAUCUGGUUUAUUGAUGUCUUUGAGGCAAGGAAAUCUGCCAACUUUACCUGGUCUAUGUGCUCCCUGACCCACAAUAAUGUGACUGAUUGGUUGAGUACCCUCUGCAUGUAACUCAAUGGUAUCCAAACCACAGUGAUACAGCAGUUCAAGAAAGUGGCUCAACAGUGCUUCCUGAGGGCAGUGAGCGAUGAGGCAACAAAUACUGGCCCCAUCAGUGGCCAUAUUGUUUGAAUAAAUUUUAAAAGUAAUUGGAUUGAAGUUUUUACUUGCAUAUUUGAAUUGCCAUUGCCAUUGGCAUGUCCUGCCCUGCCCCAUUUUAAGCGAAACGGAAGUGAUGUUGGAAUCUAAUUUUGUACUUCCCAGUUUCAAACUGUAAUUAAAAAUUUGAACAAAACUCCUCCUAAACAGCAGAAGAACUGCAGAUGCUGUAAAUCAGGAACACAGACUGAAAUUGCUGGAAAAGCUCAUUAGAUCUGGCAGCAUCUGUGAAGAAACAAAAUCAGUGUUAAUGUUUCACGCCCGGUGACCCUACCUCAGAAUUUCCCCAGUUCUGAGGAAGGGUCACCGGCCCCAAAAUGUCAAUCCUGAUUUUUUUUUUUCUUCACAGAUGCUACCAAACUUGCUGAGCGUUUCCAGCAGUUUGAUUUUCUUUCUCCUAAACAGCAUCAUAUUUUUUUAAAAAAGGUACAAUGCCAUGAAAACUGUCUCUGUACCAAUAUCAUUGCUGAAGAAACACAUGCAGACUUUAAAGUCAGGUGGAAAACUUACAGAAGAACUUAAACAUUAACAUCAAUUGGAGUGAAGAUUAUCUUUUCAAAUUAAUGCUGGCAGUGUGAUUUCUUCUAACUAAUGGCCUUGCAUCUCUCUUUCAGGUGAAUCAGAUAGUUGAGUCAAGGUGCUGAGUUCAUGAUGUAUCUGAAUAUUUUCUAAUUGCACUGAGUGAAGACUUUAGGAUAAUUUCCAAACUAAUGAGUGAGUUAUUUUGAAUGUUCAAGAUACCACAGGUUUAUUUGUUAUAGUAAUUCGUAUGGUUUUGAGAUUCCAUUCAAUUUUGCUUUGGUGCGAUGUGCCUGAUAUUGGUGUAACUUGCGUAGAUUAUGGAAUUUUCAGUACAUAUGAAAUUCAGACAUAUUUUCAAUUGAUAUCGUAGGACUGUCUGAAAGUAUUGAGAGACCAGCUUAUUGUUUGAUAUAGAAAUGUGAAUGGCCAUUGAGCCCCUUGAGCCUGUUAGCUCUCUGUACUCCAAAUGGCAUCUAACCAGUGUUUUUAUUUUAGUUUAUGCUCCCGUCCUCUAGAUAUAUGUUCAGAAUUCCAUAAGCGCUGAUAUUUUUCUCACCUGUUUUUGGCAUUUUAAAGAUCUAGGAAGUACCCUGAUCUGUCCUUUUUUUAAAACCCAAGUCCACAUUCAAGUCCCUCUGUGUUUUGCCACUCCCCUAGUUUGUCAAUAUCCUUUAUCUCUUCAGUAAAUUUGAAUAGCUGACUUUCUAUCCCAUUAUCCAAGUCAUUAAUAAAUAGUGACAUAGUUAUCUUGCAUUUGCCAUAAUAGCUUCACUUGCAAACACAAUUAAGUUCUAGUUUCAAAAUCAUAUUUGCAGCACAAACAGUACCCCUCCUUGUGCCAGUGUAUAUGCUCCAUCAGGUCCUAUUCUAAUCCUUCAUCUAACACCAUCAGUGUAACCUGUUUUUUUCUGUCUUGUUCUUAUCUAGCUUUUUCAUUGAAUAUAUUGAUGCAUUCACUUCAUCUUCAUGUGGUAGGGUUCCAAAUUCAAAUUACUUUUGCAAAGAAGUUUCUCCCGAAUUUCAAGUUGGAUUUAGUUGGUAACUAUUUUAGGGUCCCCUAGCUGUAGUCACUCUUCCUUCCUUUACCAUAACUGUCCUGCAGAACCCUUUUACAAUUGCUUUAAGAAAAACUCAGAAUCUAUCCUUUAGGAGAAAGAACCAUGUCUUGUUCAGUCAUUCCUGAUUGAGUACUGUGAAAACUUUAUUCUACAGAAAUUACAAUUUCUAAGCAGCCACUUAAACAGGUUUAGUUGUAAAAUUAAUUUUUUCUGAAAAAAAAACAUGUUUAAGAUGCUUACUCUAACAAAUGAUUACUACAGCAACUCCACUCUUCUUAUUUCCAUUUUCCACUAGUGUCCAAAAAUGUAUUGAAUUCAGAUUUAAAUAUGUUCAAUGACUGAGUAAUCAUAUUCUUUUGUGGUCAAUAGAUUUCUAACCUUCCCUCAUGGAAGCUUCCAUAUUUCAGUUCAAGCUGCUGCGGAAUGAUAAGGUGUGAUCAAAUGCUAGAUUAAAGCUAGGAGAACUUUCCAACAGCUACCAUGUCAAACCCUUUCAGUAUCUAAGUGAUAUUGCCCCUUAUUCUUCAAGAAACAGUUUUUUGUCUACAACUUGAAAAUGUGUACAGCUGUUUGAGGGAAUCCAAAUUGCCUAGACUCUACAAAUGUAGAAUAUGAUUCCGACACUUAAGCAAAAUAAAAAGGACUUCAUCUGGACAUUCAAGCCUUUUUCCAAAUGCAGUGUUUGAAUGGAGUGCAGGUUAUGCAUCUUUUCCAUUUUGUCAACGAGUUGUCUUCCAGCUCUAAGCAGAAAUUAUUGUAAAUAAUAGACUUAGCCUGUUACCAGUACUGAUUUAUUGCUGUGGAAAUGAGCUGUACUGACAAAGUUAAAUUAAUGAGAGGAUAAGAAUUUAAAUGUAAGAAAUACAUUUAUACAGUAGGCUUCAUGGUUACUAGACUUGUCUGAAAGAAACAAAAACAGUUUGCAGUGUUUUGUACAUCCUGAGGACACCGUAGUACUUUACAGCCUAAAGUAAUUUUUGAACUGUAUGCAUAACUUAAGGCAUAUUUUGACUGUUACAUUUACCAUACAUUUAAAAAACACUGUUUCAUCCUAGGUGGAAUAUUGUCUUCAGCUCUUGUUCAUAGAAAAAGUACGACCUUCCACACAAUUUUUACACUUCAACUGGCAUUUGAAGCCACAGUAGAGGCUAAUCUGGACUGUUAUAUUAGAUUGACACUAAUUAUGUUUGAUAUUUUGAGCCAACGCUUUCAGAUUGGCAGGAGAGCCCCACAGAGUACCAAAUAUACUCUUUUCAUUCUUUAGUGAUUCUUCUUGUGACAGUUCUCUCCCUGAAACCACAACAUUCUUAAUGGCUCUAAUGACUUGUGAAGAUCCAUUUGUGUAUUGAUUCAGCCAGUUUUCUGCCUCUUCAAGGCAGCUACCCUCAGUGGAUGUUAAAAUUUCAUCAGCAAGACCAAUCUUGAGACCAGUUGCAGGGUCCACCUGUUGGGCACUGCUCAGUAGUUUAACAGCAUUUCGAUAGCCAAUCAAUUUAAUCAGUCUGGUUGCUCCGCCCCACCCUGGUACCAAUCCCAUGAGUUUGUGAACAAAGCGAAUCUCACUUCCUGAAGUCAUAAGCCUGGUAAAAUAAGCAAACAGGUCGAUGAGUUUACAGUGCCUGUCUUUAGAAAUUGGUACUGUUAUGGACUAGACCAGAACAAACCCCUUUCAAAUAUAACAGCAAUAGCGUAGACUCUAAUUUGUCUUACUAAAAGGCAAGUGUGAGGUACUGUGCUCCAGAUGUAAUUCAAUUGGUCAUGCUACUCUGCUUUAGGCAAAACAUGCUUUAUCCUUAAACCCAGUUAAACAAAAGAUGGAAGAAUUGGUAAUAAUUCAAAUCUAUUGGGAAACUCCAAUUAUUCAACUAAUAAACAGCAACUAUUCCAAUAUAGUAGCAUCCCAUAAACACACCCUUAACCAGAGAAAAUUCCAGAGAGAGAGAGAUAAAUGACACCUUCCAUAAACCAGCUUCAAAGCCCCAACAACUGAAAGCUGAGCUAAAACCCUUGUUCUGUGGAAGCCUGGCUCACCCAGUCAUGUUGCUUCUGUCAUUCUAAAUUUUCGAACAAAAACCCAGGGCCCCUCAAGCUGUUUAUUGGCUUGUCUGUUUUAAAACCUCUCUCAAAAAGUCAGACAAAAUACACCUCUUCCACAACCUGCCAGAUUGUCUCUUGAAUCCUGUGCUAUUUUUUGACAGUAAAGCAGAUUCUUACUCAACAUGUAAUUUGGAAGAUUAUAUAUUGAACAGGCUCAAAUGUGAUGUUUGUAAUCUUAAUUUUUCCUUUCUCUUUUAUUAUAUGAUACUAAAAUGAUGUUCAGCUUUGUGAAUGUCCUUUAUCAUUCUUCUAAUAAUGAGCAAGAGUGUGGACUUUAACAACUCGACCAUAUUAUAAAAAACUAUGAGUAAAAUAGUCAACACAUGAACUGUGUUGCGCCUCCAGGAACCAACAACUGGGCUCCAAGAAUGGAACGUACAGAAACUUCAGAAAUAGGAAAUCACACAACAACAGGAGUAGGAACAAGUGUAGGAAACAUCUAGAAGUAAUGGCAACAGAAGGUAGUGAGAAUAGGUUAUCUGAAGAUGAGUAAACAUGUUGGGUGGAUCUUGGAAACAGGAUUUAACUCCGCAACCAAAAAAGUCAAUCAGCGGCAAGAACCUAGGAGCAAUAAUCAUGAAAGGAGCCCUGAAAUAGGGACUCAGUGAUGGAACAAAGAACCUUUAAUGUUUUAAGAGGUGGUAUUCUGUACUUGUCGUAAGUGCUUAGAUUAUCC